GGAACGGGUGCUGGGGAGGGCGCGGUGGGGGAGAGUGAGAGCCUCUCCAUCGUGUUCAGGGCCACAGGUGACAGUGUUCCAGAGCUGCUGAGGGCAGGAAGGUUCCAGAGCAGGUGUCACAGAGGCCAGGCUGUCCUGGGGCAGGAAGGUUGCUCCCAGCACAUCCCUGGCUGGGCUGGAUGAGUUCUGCUGGGGCAGAGCUGGCCCAGAGCGAUGGGGCCGAGCCUGCUGGGAGCCACCAUCCUCCUCUGCCUGGUCAGUGUCCUCCAGGCCUAUGCCAUCGAGAAGAAAGGGGAUGUGUUCAAGAAGAUGGCAUGUCCCGCCUUCCUGACGUUCGAGAACGUCGCCUACCUGGCAGACAUGACCUUCGAGCUGCCCUGCAAGUGCAAGCCCGAGGAGGUCUCUUCCGUCGUCUGGUACUUCCAGAAGAACCUGCGUGGCCGCACGAUCACGGUGCUGUCGGACUUCGACGGCACCGUGGUGCUGGACUCGAGCCACGUCCGCGCGGGCAGCGACCUGCUGAAGCGCUUCAGCAUCCGCAUGUUCAGCCUCAUCGUGUUCCGGGCCCAGGUGAGGGAUUCUGGGCACUACCUGUGCGGCUCCAAGGAAGGGCACGUCUUCUACGGCUACGACGUGGACGUGCAUGCCGUGCCCGUCCUGGAUCCAUCCCGCCGUGUUUCCCGGCAGUGCCGUGCCCUGGCACAAAGGCCCCUCCAGGCCGUGCUGGGCAGACAUGGCUCGGGCCCCGCAUAA